UCGUGUCGCUUUUGCAGCUGCGCGCUGUGGGAGUUUGUGUGUGAGCUCAGUCUGUGAUGGCGACCGCAGGUUCGAUCCGUGCAGUUACAGACCGAACCGACUGACAACUCGCAAGCAAGAUCUGAGGCUUCAGAAUGAGAUGAGACCUGAACCGAACCGACCUGAUCUGAGCCGAGCCGCUGCGUGUUGUGUAGACCAGCGUUAUGUCAGACGAGAGAUGCCCUCAGCUGGUGGAUUAUUUCGUGGUGGCCGGUCUUGCGGGUGAGUCUUGUCCGCUGGAUGAAGAUGGUCGUGAGAGGGGCGUGCGAGCCUUGCAGCCCGUCACAGAUCUGGCCGUGAUCGCCCGUGGGCUCGGGGAGGAAGUUCCUGAGGGCUUCACCUGCAUUGAGAAGACACAAGGAGGCCAUCCAGCAGAACUGAGCGCUGGCUUACUGAACAACCCACACAUGUUCCUCUGUUACAGACGUGGACACGACAAACCACCCAUCAUUGAGCUCGGCGUUCUGUAUGAGGGGAAAGACCCCAUCAAGCAGGGAUGGCAUUUGAUCGAGACGACCCCGUACAGCCGCUCGGCCAGCCUCAGUUCUAGUGGUCCCACCACUCACCGGACGUUCCUGAUGUACCGGAGGGCACCGGACUCACAGGCUCUGAACACUCUGGGUGUGACGGAGAUCUCGCUGCUCAUGCCCAGCAAGGGUGAAGCGGCACCACACACCUACUGCAGAGUCGACAAGAACCUCAACACUGGCAUGUGGGGUCCAGCACUGUAUCUGUGCUACAAGCGUUCAGUGGCUAAAGCAAACGCACUAGCGUAUGAAGCAGGUCUGAUCAGUCGGUACCCAGAGGAGGAUCUAGAAUCAUUUCCAUUACCAGAUUCUGUGCCGGUUUUCUGUCUCCCGAUGGGCGUAACUGUAGAGAGCUGGCCGCUAAACACCAAGUAUCAGCUGCCCGUCUUCUCUACAUUUGUCCUGACGAGUGCUUCUGGAGAUAAGGUGUAUGGGGCAGCGCUCCAGUUUUAUGAAGUGUAUCCGCGUGAGUCUCUGUCUGAGAGACAGUGUGUUCAUCUGGGGCUGCUCAGCGUGGUGGACCGGCGGCCAAUCACCAACCGCAGUCUUCAGGUGAAGAAGAGCAUCUGUGUGCUGUCUCACUGGCCGUUCUUCAGCGUCUUCCAGAAGUUUCUCACCUUCAUAUACAGAUACUCCAUCUCAGGACCUCACGUGCUGCCGCUGGAGAAACAUAUAUCAAGUUUCAUGCACAAUGUGCCGUUCCCCUCAGCUCAGCGUCCUCGUAUCCUGGUGCAGCUCUCUCCGUACGAUAAUCUACUGCUCUGUCAGCCUGUGUCAUCUCCACUACCACUGAGUGGUGCCAGCUUUGUGAAGUUACUGCAGAAUUUAGGACCGGAGAACGCGUGUACGCUGCUGCUGGCCGUCCUCAUUGAACACAAGCUGCUGCUUCACUCUUUACGGCCCGAUGUGCUGACGUCCGUCAGUGAGGCUUUGGUGUUGAUGGCGUUUCCUCUGCGCUGGCAAUGCCCGUAUAUCCCAUUGUGUCCACUGCGCAUGGCAGACGUUCUCUGUGCCCCGAUGCCCUUCAUAGUGGGCGUCCACUCCAGUUACUUUGACCUGUACGACCCGCCAGCAGACGUGGUGUGUGUGGAUCUUGACACGAACACCAUUUUCCAGUGUGAAGAUAAGAAACCACUCACCUGGAGAUCUUUGCCAAGGAAACAAGGGAAAGCUCUGCUGAGUUCCCUGAGUAACCUGCACAAAACCCUGGAGAGCAUCUACACUCCUGGUCAGGAGGAGGCGACGCUGGAGUUCUUGUUGACGGAUUACGAUCUGAUUUAUGGCCGUCAGAAGCAGCUGGAGUUGGAGAUUCAGGAGGCGUUUCUGCGCUUCAUGAGCUGUUUGUUGAAAGGCUACAGGUCUUUUCUUCUGCCCAUCACACAAGCGCCAUCAGACAGAACCACAGACUGCAGUUCACUGUUCAACCUGCAGGGUUUCCUGAAAUCUCGCGAGCGUACGCAGCAGAAGUUUUACACGCAGCUCACUAAGACUCAGAUGUUCUCUCAGUUUGUAGAAGAAUGUUCAUUUGUCAGCGACAGACACACCAGCCUCGAGUUCUUUGAUGAAUGCGUACAGAAGGUGGAUGUCGAGAAACCUGAUGUGGUGAGGUUGAUAGAUCUGGAUGAAUCUCACAGUGGUGAACACACCGUGUUUAUUAUGCCUCCAGAAGAACCACAGGAAGCUGACGGCUCAGAGUGUCCAGCUCACUACAGCUAUGACACGUUCCCUAUCCUGCUGUCAGAUUUGUUCGAUCGGCCACAGGAUCAGCUGCGGACUCCCGCUAAAGGCAGCCCUCCCAGUAGCCCCGCCCCCCGCCGUACCAAACAGGAAAUAAAGCUGGCACAGAAGAAGGCCCAGAAAUAUGCAGCAGUUCCAGACAUGUGGUCCAAAUGUCUGCUGGGUCACUGCUACGGUCUCUGGUUCAUCUACCUGCCCACGUUUGUUAAAGCUGAGAGCACUAAAGUACGAGCGCUGCAUACAGCAUACGAGGUCCUUAAACACAUGGAGACACGGAAGGUGGUGCUACCUGAUGAAGUGUGUUAUCGUAUCCUCAUGCAGUUGUGUGGUCAGUACGGUCAGCCAAUCCUCGCUGUCAGGGUUCUGUUAGAGAUGAAGAAAGCAGGAAUCAUUCCCAACACCAUCACAUAUGGAUACUACAAUAAAGCCGUUCUGGAGAGUAAGUGGCCCUCCACCAAUCAGGGUGGUCGUCUUCGCUGGGCGAAGCUUCGUAACGUGAUAUUGGCUGUCGCUCAGUUCCGGCAGCCAAUCAAAGAGCAGCAGAGGAACAUGUCUCUCUGUACCCCGUCAGGAGACAUGCUGUCAAAGCCACGCCCCUAUUCUGCUCUGGUUCGCCAGUCCAGCUGGAGUGGUUUGAGUGAAAGCUCGAGUCACGAAUCACUGAUGAGUCUGGCUAAGAGUAACAGUAUGAGCAGCAUGCAGGCGUCGACCAACAAAAGCAAAGUCUGUACGAAAGCUGAACCUCAGCUCGAUGGCUCCGCCUCCCGCAAACCUCCCGCUGGCCGUCGUGACACGCUGAACCCUCCUGCGCCCGUCCUGGUGCGUCGCAGUGACGUCUGUCUGUCCACCUUCUAUAAAGACUGCGCAGAGACGACAGACACAGACCACAGGAACAGGAACAGCAGCAGGUCGGUGGAAGUAAAGGAAACUCCAAACAGGAGGUCAGUUGAUGAAAACUACAAUAACGUUUCUUCUCCGAGUCGCGGAUUGGCUGGUAAACUGCAGCAGCUCCUCACUCCUACACGAAACCGAGCGUCGGUACGGCGGGCCGCUAGCGUGGAUGACCGACGGCCUGGAGCCGGCGGAUCCUCUCGACGGAACUUAGAGCAGAAACCCUCACGAAAAAUCCAGAUGCCUGAAAGUCUGCUGAAGGCCAAAGAACGACUUUAUAACGCCACUUCUGAGAGUUCUCUGUCUGUCAGCAGUGAUAUUGACAUGACUGAUAUUCAACCACUGGCUGUUCCUCUCAGGAGAUCCUGGGAUUCAGCACAGGAAAGUGUGGGCAUUGAGGUGUUGAUGUCCAGCUGUUCAUUGUGUCGCGCCUGUAAUUCUCUUGUCUAUGAUGAAGAGAUUAUGGCCGGCUGGUCGUCUGAUGACUCCAAUCUCAACAGCACCUGUCCAUAUUGUACGGCAUCAUUUGUCCCGCUGCUCAAUGCAGAAAUCUGUGAUCUGGGUCCAGUCUGCAGUGUGGAACGCAUUUCUCUAAGUGUAGAUGGUGAGCUUGAUAACGGCGUGAGAUCGUCACCUGCUGGUCGGGAGGACACACAGCAGCACGUGUGUAACGGCAUCAGAGAGACCGACUCAGAGACCAGCAGCCAAUCAGAGCGCAGCAGUCCUAUAGUGUCAUCAGUGGGCGGAGCCCCGCAGGUGACCGUGGCGUAUCUGAGCCCGCUGGUGUUGCGUAAAGAGACGGAGAGUCUGCUGGAGAAUGAAGGGGAGGCUGUUCUCUCUCAGGUCCAGCUGCUGGACAGUCACCCUAUACUCUUCUGGAAUCUUGUGUGGUAUUUCACCCGACUCGGACUCCCCAGUAACCUGCCACAGCUGCUGAGAGAAUCUCCACUGACAGCACACUUUACACAGGUUUCAGAGGGUAGUUCAGUGCGUGUUAGGUUACUUUGGGACACUUUGACCCCUGACCCUGAUCAGUGGCCUCCUCUCUAUAUACUCUGGAGAAAACACAGUGGCGCACCCAUGCGCUCUUUCAGCUGGCGACAUCAUAACCACCCCUUUGGCUUGAGCUUCCUGGAGGAAGUGUUGCGCUGGAUCGGUAUGAACGAGGUACACAAGGCCAUCGCACUCUUCCUGGAUACUGUUGCUAAGCAUCCAGACACUCCCUGGAUACAGAGGAGUUUGUACAGAGAGAUGUUGUUCCUCACACUGGCUGCUAUGGGUAAAGAUCACGUGGCUAUGUUUGAUAAGCGAUAUAAGGCCGCAUAUGUACGCUUGAGCGGCUCUCUGGGUCGAGAUGAGCUCAGGAGGAAGAGAGUUCAACCUCCGAGUCCUAAAGCUGUGGACUGCAGACGCUGCUUUCUGUUGCCGCUGGAGUGCUGAUGAGCGUCGUCACGCACCUUUGUCCUUUUAUGUCUUGCUGUUUGCACCUCCUCACGCUCCCUCCUUCACCUCCUGCCUGCGCACGCAGCGCUGCGACUCCGGCGGGGAGACCUGCGUUCCUCUGCUUCUGAGGACGAUUACAGAAGAUCACCUAAUGUCUGGAUGGUCUUUAACACGCUAACGUGCUCUGUGUCGCAUUAUAGGAACCUAAAAACUGCUUCUGUAUCCCACAAUGCCAUGCAACUGACACCCAGCCUAAACCUCAGAUUCUAAGGAGGAAGAGGGUGGGACAUUUUAAUAGAUGGACUAAACCACUGAACCCAUCAACAUUAACCUCUUUAUUUCUGUUUACUAGUAUUGUGAAGGUGUAAAAUGAAUCUGAACUAACAAGAGAAAGAAAAGCACUCCUGACAGUUCUAAAAAACCUCUUUCAGCAGAUGGAUUUAUUGUUUCUCACUGUGUCUUAAUCAGGUGAAAGUGAUACAACAACUCUCUUAAAUCAUCUGACUGAAGCUCGACACGAGACGUUUCAUUGGUUGUUUUGUUUUUGUUUCUGCAGCGUCAUGAUGCACCCACUGUGAAAUCUGAUUGGUUCAAAAUCACAUCUGAUUAGGACACAGUGACUUAAACUCUGAAAUCAUUUGUGUGUGUGUGUGUCUGUGUUUUUGUUUAAUGUUUUAAACUUGAUGUUUUAGUGGUUUUAGGGGUUUAGUGGUUUUAGUUAAGUUUUCAAUGUGGGAGAUGUUUGAAUAUCUGAAUGAAUCCGUCCAGAAGCUCUGCUGUGAUGAUGAUGAUGAUGAAUUUCUUUCUGCUGUUCUGCUGUGAAAUUUAAAAGCCAGCAGCUGUAGUGUGCACUAAUAAGGGAAUCGCACCAAACCUCAAUCCAGCAUCAUGCCAGAGUCAGUUUACCCCUAAAUCUAAAGAAAUCAAUCAGAUUCAGCUUUAUUCAUGUUUUUUUUUUAGGAUUAUUUUAGGACAUUUUGCUGUUGAAUGUUAUUUUCAUGACAACUGAAAGAUCAUUUUUAUCAUAGUCAUUUACAUUUAUUUUACUCUUCUCUUCUUAAUGAGAUAAGUCCUAUUUCCAUAAAGAUUUUGUAAGGGAAAAGGGAUUGUCAUGAAAAUAAUCAUAUUGCAAAGUCUUCUUGAUUGAGCCGAACAGCAGGAAGAAAUGUCUUCAUCAUGUCCUUUAAUCGUCUGUUUCUAGUUCUUCAUGCAUGUCUUCAUAUAUUUUCAUAUAGAUUUGGGUCGUGUACAUCAGAGCUCUGGGGUUAUGACGCACAUCUCACGCUCGGCAUUCUGGUCUGUUUUUGUUGAAUGUUUAUCUGUGAGUUUCAUUCUGCAGGCUUUGUUUUCAAAACUCAUUACAGUGAGAAUAGGAUUUAUGGCACAUAAACGAGUCUUAAUUUUAUUGAUGGGAAAUCUGAAACAGAUUUGUUUUAAUGACAUCACAGGAAAUGAUGUAAGAGGAAAAUAGUUUUUGUUUUUUUCAUUCACUGCAAUAAACUGUAGAACAGCGAGCGUCGCUGAAGCAUGUCAUGAGGGAAGUUAAGUUUAUAAAGAUUAAGAAAAAAGAUAGAUUAUAAAGCUCUAUUUAAGUUGAAAUGCGUUUGCUGUGGUAAUUUAUAUUGAAGUGAGUUUUGUUGUUGUUGUUGUUGUUGUUGUUGUUUUUUAAGAAAAGAGAUUAAUGAACCUGAAA